CAAAAUCAUAUAUUUAUAGUAGUAGGAAUUUCACAGGUAAAUACCUAUCUCUAACGGUACAGUCAGUUUAAUCAUACUUUAGAUAGCAUUUGUGGUGUAAGGAUCUAUAAUCAAUCUCACCAAGCAUGAAACCUGUUCCAUGACGUUCUGUUCAACCUGUUAACGGCUUAUUGGAACACACCGCACUAGAAAAUACAGCCAUGGCUUACAGUAAACCAAUUGGCCGCUGGAGCCGGGAUGAUGCUUGUCAAUUUGAAUCUUCGGAUCGUAUUUCUGACGUUUUUGAUGAAAUCAGCAUGUGUGUAAGACAGGACGAAGGACAUGGCGCUUUUGACGCUUUCCAACAGGAAGCGGAAAAUGAAGCAACAUCUUCUAAACCGACUGUAAGCUGCGGAAUGUGUGUCAGUCAUGUCAGGGUGGAACGGGUAUCACAACUAAAGAAGGGCCAACAUAUUGCUAUGCCUGGUAAGCGAAUUGGUCACGCGUAUGAUUCUUCGAAGAGGAAGCAAGAGUGGGUUUAUAUGCACCACGCGAUUGUUAAGGAUAUCGUUGCAAUGGAUGAUAAGAAAUACAUUGCCGAGGUUAAACUCAUUCAUAUGUGGCAGAAUGAAAGAGGAGAACUUGGACUUUGUGAUUCGGUCACAACAUUUGCUUUAACGCAUGACGAGCUCUAUAUAGUUGUAUAUAGACAUCCAAGAUACACACCAAGCCAGAUUGUAGAAAGAGCUGAAAAAGCAUUGAAUGAUCGUGAAAAUGCUCAUACAGAGUGCAAAAAGAUCAGAUUCAGUGACUAUAAUGUUGUCACCACAAAUUGCGAGCACUUUGCUACAUGGUGUGUGGUUGGGUUAAGCAAAAGUCAUAAAGAAUUGCACUGGUGGAAGCAACUGGGACAGAAAAUUCUUGAAAUCGGCGAGAGUACACAAGUUAUGGCAUUGAAAGCGCGCAUUGUUGAAAUCUUCGGACAAGGCAGUAUGGUAGUUAAAUUGCUCUCAAAAUUCCUCGCAAAAUUCUCGUUUGACUCCUCCGAUGAAAUUGCUAAGCUCGUGAAUGUUGGGAUGCCCGAGGCUAGCACAGUACUAGGUGGAGCCGCAGCCUUUUAUGUCCUAUACUGCUUGGUGAUGACAAUAUAUUUCCAUGUAAAAUACACCAGGAAUGAAAUCUGCAUGUCGUGCUACCGAGACAAUAUCACGGAUCUAUGGGCUAGAUGUUCUCUAUAUGGAAUAACGUCUGUUGCCACCUAUUUUAUAAUGAGUGGAUGCGUUUGUGUGCCAGCAGUUACAAGUUGCUUUAUGUUGAUUGUUUUAUCAAUUGCUGUACAACAUCAUAUACCAAACAUAAGGAAAGCUUUGAUGGCUCCCUAUGGGUGCGAGAAAAAGGCAAUAUAUCGACUUGAUGAUCUAAAAGUAGGCGACAUUGUCACCAUUCAGUACUGGGGACUUCCACAUGACGUCAUAGUAACGGAAGUCCACCCAAAUGGCAGACUGAGAAGAGGCAAGAUUCGGGCUAUUCAUUACGCAUUGGAUAAACUCUUUUCGACGAGGGAAGUUAAAGAAGAGUACUUUCCAACUGCAUCGAACCUGAGCAGGUUAGGAUGGCCGAUCUUGAAACGUCACGAAUGUGCGCACUUGAAUUUGUUCCCUCCGGAAACAGCAGUUCUAAGGGCCAGGCAGCGAAUUGGCGAAAGAAAAUGGCAUGCGACCAAAAACCGUUCCGAUCAUGUCUGCUACUGGGCGAAAGUGAGGCAACAGUUAACUGAAGAGGACAAACCACAGGGAUUAGCACAGGGGCUCACUGAUUAUGUUACAGGGAAAGGUCAAUCUCCUCAUUUGAGUACGUUGUUUAUUGGAGAGCAUGAAGUCCACCUGAGUAGCGAUUUUGAUAUAGGUGAUGUCAUCAAAGUAAAGGAGACGGAGGGCAUUGUCGUUGGAAAGGACUGUGGUGAAAGAAAGAUGAAUUUACAGCUAAUAACCGUGAAGGGAUCUGUGAAACAACUAAAGCAAUUUGUGAACCUAAACACUGACAAUGCAACAGUUUUGCAAUAUCAUCCUGCACAUUGUCAUCCGAAGGCUACACGAGCAGAUCGUGCAAGACUGAUCAGAGGCCAGAAAAUUUCAAUGCAAAACUUUAAGGACUUUUGUAUUUUGUUGAAAAGUUAAGAGAAUGCAACAGUUGUAGGGUAUAAUGCUGUAAAUUGCCAUCCAAAGGCUACACGAGCAUAUCGUGCAAAACUCAUAAAAUUUCAGAAAAUUUGUGGUAUGUUUUUUUAUUUUAUUGAGAAGUCAGUGCAUUUUAUUAUGUGUUGCAACAGACUUGAUUAUCGGCAACAUAGCAUUAGCAAGCGCACAAGUGUUCAUUUUAGUUCAAGUGUGCCGGAAGAAGACACUUUCGUGUUCAUUUUCUAUAAAGUCUCUGUUAAUUAUAUAGUAUGGACAUUUAUAUGAUAGUGAAAGCCUAAUGUGUUCGUUAGAAUGAUUCACGUUGACUUUUAGCUUAUACAACAGUUUUCAUAUGAGAACAAAUACAGAACUACAAAAGUGAGAUUACAAACAGGAUCGAGUAGAAAGAUUUAAAUCUUUUAACCCUCACCUGAAAUACAGUGUUUAUACAAAUUAUAUCAUUGCAAAAUCGUGUUAUGUUUUAAAUGGUUGGCGAAUAUAAAAUAUCUUGAUAUGGAUUUUGUAAUUGACUUUCGUAAAAGAUUGGACAGUAGUUAUAGUUAGCUAAUUUCUCAUUCGGUCUUUUUAACAUUAAAAUGUAAUUAGUUUCUCAGAUUCAAGCUUACAUUCAGCGGAUAGACGAAAGUAACAAUUUACAAAGCUAUACGCCUAUAUGUUAAAAAGCAAUAGUUCAGUCAAAAGCUAUAAAAUCGCAAGAACAUUUUGUUAUUUUUUGGAUACCUAGCAGUGUUAUUUCUCAAAGAGGAGACAACUUUAUGACAUUCAGUUAUGAGUAUAGCUCUACAUAUACGAUGAGGUUACAUAUUUAGUAAAGUUAAAUACCACGGAUGAGGAUUUUCAGCAUUUGUAGUAGUUAUCUUAAAAUGUACUUAUGAAACAAAAAUGUUAAUUAAAUAUUGCUCACAUAAAUUAAAUUAAAUUA